ACACACACGAGGAGGAGGGGGGAGCAGGGACGCCGCUGAUCUCAGAUAUUUUGUAACAGCUGUUAGAAAAUGUCUCAAGAAAACUACCAGAUCAAAUCCAGUGCAAAAAAUCAAAAACCCCUGCAAGAUAAAGUGGCCAUUGUCACUGGGUCAACAUAUGGGAUCGGCUUUGCUAUAGCAAGACGUUUGGCACAAGAUGGGGCUCACGUGCUUUUAUGUAGUCGUAAAACUGAAAAUGUGGAUAAAGCUGUCAAACAGCUGAAAGAAGAAGGACUCAGCAUUUCUGGAAUUCCAUGUCAUGUGGGCAAUGAAAAAGAUCGUGAGAAACUAGUGGCAACGGCACUUGAUAUUUAUGGGAAAAUUGACAUCCUUGUCUGUAAUGCUGCUGUGAAUCCUUUUGUUGGUCCACUUUUUGAAACUACCGAGGAAUUGUGGAAUAAGGUUUUCCAUGUCAAUGUAAUAUCAACUUUCCUUUUGAUAAAACUUGUUGUACCUCACAUCCAGAAACAAGGGAGUGGAUCAAUAAUAAUCUGUUCUUCAUUCGCUGGAUACAUACCGCAAUCAGUAAGUUAUUUAAAUAAUGUGAUAAAAAUUUGGUGUAUUUCGCUGUAA